AAUCACAUACAUACAUACAUCCGUGUUCCUCCAGAUGUCGUUGCUGCCACUCCUCUUCGUUGCUGCGUUUACUCUCCUAGUCGUCGUCUUCCUCGUAGCUCUCAAUAACAACAAGCAAUGCCGCUAUGGAAUCCCACUCCCUCCCGGAUGUCCACGCCGUCGUCUCCCGCUUCACUGGAGCCUUUUCAAUCUCUCCCCAACCGUCGCCUCGCUAUCCAUGGUGCUCCGCCGCCUCCACCAUGCCCACGGCCCCGUGGUGACCCUUUGGGCCGGCAGCAAGCCGGCCAUCUUCAUCGCUAGCCACGAGACCGCGCACUGCACACUCGUCCGCAUGGGCGCUACCUUCGCGCACCGCCCAUCAUCGUCGUCACUGCUGUCCUCCGGUGUCAAUGGCUACGGCGUCAACAGCGCCACGUACGGGAACCGAUGGGCCGUGCUCCGCCGCAACCUCUGCUCACACCUCGCGGCGGCGGACAUCGGCGGACCACUCCGGCGGUCCGUCGAUCGCCUCCUUCAGAGCCUCGACCGCGCGGCGCGGGAGGCUGCGGACGGCGUGGUCGUCCCGUCAGACACUCUCCGGCACGCCGUGUUCUGCUUCUUCGCCGCGCUGUGCUUCGGCGACCAGGCCAUAGCCACCGACGCCGACGACGACGACGGCGGCGGCUUGCUCAAGCGUCUUCGUGGCCUGCAUGCCGAGAUCCUGUCGCUCGUCGUCCAGCUCGACGCGCUCCACCUCGUGCCCAGCAUGGCACUUCAGGUCGCGCACUACUUGCCCAGGUCGUGGAAGUUGCUCGAUGCGCAGAGGAGGCACCAUGCUACUGUCAUGGCCCUCGUUCGUGCUCGUCGUCUGUGGCAGCAAAAGAUGGUCGGCGUCGGAUGCUAUGUGGACACGCUUCUAACGCUGAGGCUAGGAGAGCAUGAGUUGGUGAGUCUGUGCUGGGAGUUCAUGAACGCCGCCGCCAAGACGACGAGCACCGCGCUCGAAUGGAUCAUGGCACGCCUCGUACUCCACCAGGAUAUUCAACAUAAGCUGUGGAACGACAUCACCGGCGACGGCCGAAGAUCGACGACGACGACGACGACAUGUGGCGGUGAGAGUAGGAGGUCAUUCGCUGAGGCCGUGGUGCUGGAAGCUCUGCGUCGUCACCCUCCGGCGAACUACCUGCUGGCACACACGACGGACAGGGACGUCUCCUCAGUCGUCCAGGGAUCAGCAUUCGUCAUACCAAAGGGCUCCAUAGUGAACUAUGGCGUGGCCGAGAUUGGCCGUGACGCCAAGUUGUGGGCUGACCCUGACGUGUUCAGGCCGGAAAGGUUCCUUGAAGGUGGAGAAGGGUUCUCCAUCCGUGGGAUCCCCGGCGUCGGCGGCGGCGGCGGGCCGGUGCCGGAGAUGAUGAAGAUGAUACCGUUCGGUGCUGGGCGGAGAGCGUGCCCCGGUGCAGCGGUCUCGAUGAAGGUAUUGCUGUCGUUCAUGGAGAAUUUGGUCGUGCAUUUCGAAUGGAAGCCGGUUGUCGGUGGUUGUGCUUGUGCUUGUGGGGAGGAGGAGGAAGAGGAGGCGCCGGCGGUUGACAUGUCAGAGAAGCCAGGGCUUGUUACCGAGAUGAGGACACCAUUGCGCACUCGCUUAGUCGUGAGGCAGCACGUACGUCGAUGAACAGAGACGUGAUGACCUACGACCUGUGUCGUAGUCAUCUCUCUAUCUCAAUGUCUUGA